AUGGAUCCCUUCAACUCUCUACCCCCAGAGAUUCGUCUCAAGGUCCUGUUUUCCAUCACCUCCAAGUUCUCCCUCUCUUCCAUCAUCCAGGCAUCACCGACGAUGCUGCGACAGUACCAGACGCAAAGAAAUAAAAUCCGACUGAACAUCAUCUCGCUUGACCUUGAUGAAGAAAUGGCUCAAGAUGCCCUAGCGAUCAUCCAGUUUCCGAGAGAACGAGGUACUCAACAGCACCAGCUGCUCCGUGUUCGAGAUCACUUGAAGCGCUGGGUAGGCAAGAACUUUGUCAGCCCUCUGACCACGCAGAAUGACUAUCUGUUCGAAGAUCUGGACGACCUCCACAAUAUGCUGCUUCAUUUCAUACAGGAUUACUGCAGCAAGGCCACAGCUCCUUACAUGCCACGAGAGUACAUUUGUUUGCAAGGCGUGCAGUCACCAUCACCAACAACUCAGCUAUACUUCCGUGGCCAACCCAUCACCUCGAGCUUCAAUCCCGACAGUCUUACCACGAUGGAGCUAAAGCGGUUCUUGAGAGCUUUCUUAUUGUAUGAACUGAACUGCAAAGUCGCCAAGUCCUUGGGCACGUCUUCCAAUCCCGGAAGCCCUCUAAACAAUCUCCCGAAACGCGCCAUUCACCCCUCUGAGGAUGAGGCAAUCCACUGCGUUCAUACCUACGUUCGCUCACUUUAUGGUGCCUGUAUCGCGCAGCGUGAUGAUGGAUUCCUUCCAAGCGGUCCUGAUGGGUCGGCGUUCGAAGCAGGGCUAGCCUUUCCAGACAGCUUCUGCUUCGACCCUGAUCUUUAUACUGGAGACAGGGGAUUGCGGGGAAAUCAUCAUGGCGACGUCACGUCUCAUCUGGCAAAGCUUGGUUUAAAAGCCAUCACCCAGCUCACGCGUUACCGCUUUGGAUAUUCAUUGGAGAAUGAUGAGUUUGACGAAGAGUUUGGCAAGGUUAUGAAGUCACUGCCGCACAGAAUGGGGCCUUAUCAACAUGUCAUUACCAGAAUCGAAUCAUCUGAUGUCGCUGGCUCACCGAUGUACGGCCAUCUCUCCACUCCGCUUUCCCAGUCGAACAAAAUCCAAGUACAGAUCUACCAGCAGAGGGCUUGGGUGUUCUUCGAUAAUAAUCGACUGUACCCUCCAGCAACCCACCAAAGGCCUUGCUUCCCAACUCAGGAUUUCCUUUUCCAAGAGUCCGACAGGUUGAUCCCCCUCGACGGUGGUUUGUGGCAGUACUCAGAGCUCACCAGGGGCGAACUCCGAUCACAGAAAUGGCAAGACGAGUAUGCUACUACAAAGAGGCAACUGGCAUAUGAGGACGAGAUCCGGGAGUUGCGAGAGGAGAAUUGCAUUCUCAGAAGCGAACGCAAACAGGCCAACAGCGGAGAUCCAGAAUUGUCUGUUCCGGCAUUGGAGGAUCCUACUGUCCUCCGUGAGGAGGCCAAAAGGCUAAUCGAGCAACAUAUAGCCUGCGAUCUAGCGACUGUGGCCAAGUAUGUGAGAUAUACACCACCUGGCACCUAUAUUUAUUGCAGGCAGCCUCCUCGAUGCGUUAUUAUUCCCGCGUCGUUCGACCUUUUCGGAGACAAGACACCUGCUGAGAUUGAACUUUUUCUUGACUUGUACUUGGGUGUGGAGAAGAAGAAGGAGACACUCCACCAAGAGGAACCAAUAGACUUCUGUUUCGGUAUCUAUUAA